AUGACCAUACAGCCUCGCUCACGCUCAAACUCGGGCUCUUCAGACGACAGCAAUGCCGCGUUUCCAUCCUUUGAAGCUCUGGCCCCAACGCGCGAGUUUACAACAACCCCGUUGACCGCGGAAAACCGUGUUGUCGUCAAGGGCAUUCCCGACGUGCGGCUCAAGGUCGAUGCUGGGCCUGGGUGUGGUGGUAUCGCGUGGCUUUCAGGAGAGGUCAUGUCGCGCUACCUCGCCUACCGCCACCGCUUAGAACCCCAUCAUCUGGUCGGCAAGACGAUCGUAGAGCUCGGUUCAGGAACUGGCCUGGUAGGCAUCGCAACCGCCAUGCUGGAACCUACAGCCGAGGUGUGGGCGACCGACCAAGAUUGCCUGGUCGACCUCAUGCAGGCCAACGCCGACCUCAACCUCCUCCCUGUGGGAUCCAACUUGCAUAUCGGCGAGCUCAGCUGGGGCGAACCCAUAACGCAUGUGCCCGCAGCGGCCGACGUUGUUCUGGCUGCGGACUGUGUCUACUUUGAACCCGCAUUCCCCCUCUUGGUACAGACUCUAUGCGACCUCGCACCAGUCGGAAAAGACACGGAAAUCCUGUUUGCGUGGAAGAAGCGUAGAAAGCGAUUCUGGGCAAUGCUCAAGAAACACUUUGACUGGGAAGUCGUCAUGGACGAUGAACCAGGCGCGCGCGAAGUGUACACUCGCGAAGGAAUCAACCUCCUCCGUCUCCACCGCCGCAGGUAA